AUGUGGGCAAAGACAAUUACAGGAAAUUUUGCCAAUGUGAUUCAUGGUUUGAAUGCAAACCACUUGACAGACCAAGUCAUUCAGAGAAGUAAGAGAAUGAUUCUGGAUACUCUUGGAGUGGGGCUUCUGGGUACCAGCACUGAGGUCUGCCACAAAGUGACACAAUACAGCAAGAUCUACAGCUCAAAUAUAUCCAGUACCAUCUGGGGCCACUUGGAUUUCCGACUGCCUCCUCUGUAUGCAGCUUUUGUGAACGGAGUGGCUGUGCACUCAAUGGAUUUUGACGAUACGUGGCAUCCAGCCACACACCCAUCCGGGGCUGUGCUCCCUGCCGUGAUCGCACUCUCAGAGACCCUUCCUCAGAAGCAAAAAUUCUCAGGUCUCGAUCUGCUCUUAGCUUUCAAUGUGGGAAUCGAAGUGCAAGGCAGGCUGCUGCGCUUCUCCAGCGAAGCCAGGAAUAUUCCAAAAAGGUUUCACCCACCAACUGUGGUUGGUACGAUGGGGAGUGCAGCAGCUUGUGCUAAACUGCUAGCGCUUGACCAGAUGAAAUGUAAAAACGCCUUGGCUAUUGCUGCCUCCUAUGCAGGUGCCCCGCUGGCUAAUGCAGCAACCCAAACAAAGCCCCUCCACGUUGGCAAUGCUGCCAAGCAUGGACUGGAAGCAGCUUGCUUAGCAUCACAGGGCCUUCAAGGAAACAAACAGAUCUUGGACAUGGAGUCGGGGAUAGGUGCCUUUUAUACAGAUUACAACCCACAGACUCUGCCAACCUUGCAGUCCUAUCCCUGGCUGUUGGACCAGCAAGAUGUGGCCAUCAAACGCUUUCCUGCUCAUCUUGGAACGCACUGGGUGGCUGAUGCAGCAUCCUCUGUUAGGAGGAAGCUUGUGGAGAGCAGUGACAACUUGCUCCCACUUGAUAAAAUUGAGAAAGUCAUUCUCAAAGUCCCAGAGGUCAAAUACGUGAACAGACCCAGUCCUACCUCAGAGCAUGAAGCUCGACACUCCUUCCAGUUUGUUGCAUGCUCUGCUUUGCUGGAUGGCAGCAUGUCAGUCCAGUCCUUCGCCAGUGAGAAGGUUCACCGGCCAGCCUUGCGGGAGCUCCUCUGCAAAACACAUCUGGAGCACCCUCCUGAUAACACACCUAGCUUUGAGAGUCUUUACUGUGAAGUGAGUGUUGUACUUCGGGAUGGCAACAUGAUCAGCGACCGCUGCGAUACAUUCUAUGGGCACUGGAGGAAACCCCUAGAAAAGGAGGACUUGGAGAAAAAGUUUCAGUCCAAUGCCUCCAGCGUCCUGCCUGCAGAAGCCAUAGAAGGCAUUAUAGAGACUGUGUACAAUCUGGAAAAAGUAGAGGACUGUUCUGUACUAAGUACAUUUUUAUCAGGACAGUCAGCUAGAGCGCUUCCGGAGAAGCGGCGCUCGCUUUGA